AUUUUUGUUCGAUGACAAGUAUGAAGAUCUUGAAUACAUGCAAGACUUAAUAUAUUAAUGUAAUUAUCUUUUUACAUAGCUGUUAAUCUUUUAUUUAUCUUGCCAGUAACGCGUUUAAAAGAGAGAAACGAUGUUGUGCAGUAUAAGAAAUUGCAUGCUGUCUGUGGUGAGACGUAUCUCAUUAUCUCACCCUAAUAAUAAGCGUUACGAGAUAAACAAUAACAACGAGUUUGUGAAUAAGGUGAUGAACGGCACGGUGCCAGUUAUAGUCAAUUUUCACGCAGAUUGGUGUGAUCCAUGUAAGAUAUUGACACCCAAAUUAAUAGAACUUAUAGAACCUAUGGACAAGUUAGAUCUGGCUAUAAUCGACGUGGAAGAAAAUCCUGAAUUGGUGCAUGUCUUCGAAGUGAAAGCUGUACCCGCAGUAAUAGCCAUCUCGAAUGGCUUAGUCGUGGAUAAAUUUAUCGGUUUAGUCAAUAAUGAAAUGAUAGAAAAUUUAAUACAAAAGCUAACGAAGGACCAAUGAAUAUGGAAAACAAUAUAAAGUCCUAAUCAUGUAAUUACAUACACUGUAAAUUAUGUAAUACGCACUUUAUGCUUCCAAUUUCUCUAUCACUUAUGAAUGUAUUUUCAUAGAGAAAAUAUGUAAUAUUUCACGAGCUACUUCGUCCGAGACUUACGGCCUUUUUUAAUCUAAUCGUUCUCAGAUAAGCGUGCAUUAUAUAACUUAAAGAUUUUAGAUAUAUAUAUUUAUGUUGUAAAAUGGCAUAUCUCUAAUAUAUAUAUAGUAUAAUUCUCAAUAUGAAACUAAUACUUGUAUACUAAAUCUGAUGUCCAGGUUGUACUAAAAUAUUUCUUUUAUAUAGAUUAUUCUAUAUAGAAAUACGUACUCUAACACAGAGCUUGUUCUCAGCAGCCUAUAUUCUCGAAUUGACCAAAAGGAUAUUAGAAAAUAGCGAUUUUUCCUUGAGAUAUUGAGAAAAGAGUGCAACAGAAUUCUAUAUUAUACAAAUCAUAUAUAUAUAUAUUAUAGAAAGCGUAUAUUAGAAGCUAUUGUAGAACUUGUCCAAGCACUUGUGAUAUACAUCUUUUUAGACAAGACUUUUGCCAACACAAUUCUUGAAAUAGCUAUUCAUGUCAUCAUUUAAUAUUUAUUUAUAUAUAUAUAUAUAUAUAUGAUAUAUAAUAAAAAAAGCAUCUUACGAGUCAAUUCAAUAACGAAUUACGUGCGAUGAUAAUAAAGUAAUGUGAUUUGAA